UAUACUGUUCACAAAAAGUUAGAAUUUUACAUAAUUAUUGUAACUUGCACACAAUUUGCUUGUGCACCACACAUCCAAAACAUUAAACAUAACCCUAAAAUUUGGCAACAUUCGCAAGAUAUCUCGGGCUUUUCUGACCGCUUAAAGACAAUGUCUGUGUGUAGAUAUUUAAUGAAUCUUGCCUAUAUAGGCACUUCUUUCAGGGGCUCACAGAGGCAGGUGAGGCGAGACAUUCUUCAAAACGACGAUCCUUGUACAGUUCAGGGUCGAGUGGAAAUGGGGCUCAAAUAUAUAAACUCUGGAACUGAGACCCCAGUCCAUAUGGCAAGCAGAACUGAUGCGGAUGUUCAUGCAUUAAACACAACUUGCCAUUUUGACAUCUAUAGGCCUACGAAAAUCAUAUUAGAGCCCAGCAACAUUAUUUACGAAUUAAAUUUAUAUUUUCGAAAAAAAAAAGCUCCAAUAAGAAUUCUAAAUUGUAAAGUGGUGCCUCCAAACUUUCGUGUUAAUGCUAAUAUCGCAUCAAGAACAUAUUUGUAUAGGAUAGCUGUCGGAAAGUAUGGCGAUUGUGCAAUACAAUCUCCACUUUUACAUUUUAUACCCAUAGAAGAGUUAAGAAGAAGAUACUUUAUUGGAGCUGACAAAUUCGACUUAGACACUAUGGGAAAAGCAGCAAAAAUGCUGGAAGGGUAUCAUGAUUUUCGUACUUUUAUGGGCAAAGUUGUAAACGGCGACAAAAAAAUCACUAGGAAAGAAAUUCUUAACAUCAAUAUUGUAGAGAGGAAUAAGUGUGAAAUUGGAGUAUCUUCAGCAUUUAGUUGGCCUUCAAGCGCUAUUAACAAUUCGGAUCCUGACUCCCACCUUAUCUUGGAUAUAUAUUUUAAAGGAAAAGGCUUUUUGUAUAAGCAGUGAAUCGAACCUAAAAUUGACCUCUUGACCAAUUAAAAGACGGCUGUGCCUGCCUUGCCUUGACCUUAGCUCCAUUGGCCAAUCCAGCCAAGGACCGCCAAUCAAUCAAUCAUGCCUUCGUGGUCUUUGCGGGUUUGCGCUACUCCCACCCACUACUACCUACCAUUUCUACCCAGGUUU